GUUCACAAUGAGUCUUUCCCACAGACACUUCAUUCCACCAUGGUGCGUGCCAGUGGCCUACUCGCUGGCCAGAACAAGCCAGUGGCACUGAAGAGCAUCUCUGUGGACUUAUCCAUCCAUGAGUUCGUGGCCGGCGUGUCUGCAACCCUGAACUAUGAAAACGAGGAGAAAGUCCCUCUGGAGGCCUUCUUUGUCUUCCCCAUGGAUGAAGACUCUGCUGUCUACAGCUUCGAGGCGCUCGUGGAUGAGAAGAAGAUUGUGGCAGAAUUACAGGACAAGAUGAAGGCCCAGAAAAAGUACGAGGAGGCCCUGGCCCAGGGCUUCCAGGCGUACUUGCUGGAGGAGGACGCCUGCUCCCGGGACGUGUUCCGCUGCAACGUGGGGAACCUGCAGCCGGGCUCCAGGGUGGCCCUCACCCUGCGGUACGUCCAGGAGCUGCCCCUGGAGGCAGACGGGGCCCUGCGCUACGUGCUCCCCACCAUCCUCAACCCCAGAUACCACCUGUCAGCUCUGCCUGCGGACAGCAGCCUGGACCUGAAGACCCCGCUCACGCCCCUGGAGCAGCUGCCCUACACGCUGAGCAUGUGUGCCACGCUCAGCUCCCAGCUCGGCAUCCAGCGGGUCCAGUCCAACUGCGCCCUGAGCCCCGUCCUGUUCCUCGGCCAGGACAAGACCCGCGCUCAGGUCUCCUUGGCAGAAGGGCACAGGUUCGAUCGUGAUGUGGAGCUCCUGAUCUAUUACACGGAGGUGCACAGCCCCCGCGUGGCUGUGGAGCUGGGCGGGCCGGCGGCCAAGCCAGACACCCUCAUGGGGGACCCGUGCGCCAUGGUGAGCUUCUACCCCGAAAUCCCAGAAGUGGAGACCUCGAGGAGCUGUGGAGAGUUCGUCUUCCUCAUGGAUCGCUCGGGCAGCAUGCAGUGCCCCAUGGGAAAAGAGAAUCGCUCCCAAAUGCGCAUAGACGCCGCCAAGGAGACGCUGAUCCUGCUGCUCAAGAGCCUGCCGAUGGGCUGCUAUUUCAACAUCUAUGGAUUUGGCUCUUCCUAUGAGGUGUUCUUCCCGGAGAGUGUGAGGUACACUCAGAAGACAAUGGAGGCAGCGGUGGAGAGAGUCAAGCUCAUGUCGGCGGACCUCGGGGGCACUGAGAUCCUGACACCCCUGCAGAACGUGUUCCGAGGGCGACCCAUCCCAGGCCACCCGCUCCAGGUUUUUGUCUUUACUGAUGGAGAAGUUGCUGAGACUUUUAGUGUAAUUAAAGAAGUUAAGUUCAACAGCAAGAAGCACAGGUGUUUCUCAUUUGGUAUUGGAGAAGGCGCCUCCACCAGCUUAAUAAAAAACAUUGCCCGGGUGUCAGGGGGCACUGCCGAGUUCAUCACGGGCAAGGACAGAAUGCAGUCAAAGGCCCUCAGGUCUCUGCAGCGGUCUCUGCAGUCUGUGGUAGAAGACAUCUCUCUGAGCUGGGAUUUGCCUUCUGAUCUGUCCACCAGCAUGAUUUCCCCCGAGCAGACCACCAUCUUUAGGGGUCAGAGGUUAAUCAUUUAUGCCCAGCUGAGUGGGGUGAUGCCGCCGUCGGAGGCUACAGGAGAGGUAUGCCUGAAGUACACCCUGCAGGGCAAGAGUUUCGAGAGUAAGGUGACAUUUUUGCUACAACCCAAGCUUGAUGCCAACCUCACCAUUCAUCGCCUUGCUGCAAAGUCCUUAAUCCAAACCAAAGACCUGGGCUUCCGUGAGACCAUAGGCAGAAAUAAGAUUGAGGUGCUGAACCUGAGCCUGGAGUCCGGGGUCAUGAGUUCCUUCACAGCGUUUGUCGCCAUCAACAAGGAGCUCAACGAGCCGGUCCAGGGGCCCAUGGCGCACAGGGAGGUUCCGCGGCCCGUGCUGUUUUCCACGUCCACCGCCGCCAGGGCCCAGUGCUACAGCAGAGCCUUGGCAGCAACUUCAUCCUCGUUGCGUAACCCUGGGCGCCAGCGCUCUUGCUGUACCACCAUGACCUACCGGAGUUGCGAUGCGGUGAAAGCUCCUUUUCUCAGCCAGAACACGCAGGCAUCCAGCUCCAAAGGCGGCCAUAAGAGUGAGUUGGGCUUCCGCAGAGAGACUUCAAUUAUGUUCCUGGUGUACCUGCAAAAUGCAGAUGGUUCUUGGAACCUGGACGGAGCUCUGGCUCAGGUCCUUGGUCUCAAUUUCGAGGACAUGCAGACUUCCUACCCUGAUGAGCAAGUGGACGGCUCAGACUGGGCAACAAUGCUGGCUGUGCUCUGGCUGCACGCGAACUGCAGGGACCUGAAAGAUGAGUGGCACCUUCUGGAAAGGAAGGCGGUGUCAUGGCUCCACGACCACGCAGGCCCCGGCGUACCCAUGCUUGUGAAGAAAGGCAAUGCUUUCCUGAAGUCCUCCGUGAACCCCCGGCUCUUCACCCGCUGAGGAGGAGGAGGAGGAGAAGAGGGGCUUCCCCUAGGCU